AUGCUCAAGUCAAUUGGUCGCUCCCUGCGAAGCAAGAAAAAGGAUCGCCCUGAGCUCAAGAUCCCGGCCUCGGCAGAAGUGGAUGAUGAGCUCGUCAUUGAGACCAAGGAUCGCUCGCUGACCGGCAAGCACACCGAGCUCGGCUACUCGGGCACUGCCCUCGGAGGAUGUGCCUCGGCCUGGACCCGGGGGUUUUCCAUGGAGCCCAAGGCUCAGCAACACAUCUCCAAUGUCGCAAAAGCCAAGCUCCCUCCGAGGGCCAAGAGCACCGACUCUUUGGAUUUGGACACAGCGCUCUUUAACGAUGAUGAUGUCGAUGCGGGCGCAGAUUCCGACUCUGAUUCAGGCCCAGUCUCGCAGCGACGCGAAAGUGCUUUUGUCACCGAAGAAGCCGUCUCUCAAGCACACAACCGCGUGCUGGCUGACAUCCGAGCGCGACGGACGGAAGAAGGUCUGCCAGAAGAAGAAGAAGAAGAUCAAGGCGAAGCCGCACGGCCCACCAUGGACCAGCGCCAUGCGCACUCAGCCGUCAUGACAGAGCUCAAACUUGCUGCCCCCCGUGACGAGUAG